AUGGACUGGAUAAUCAGUGCUACAUUAUUCUUGUCAGUAUUAAAUGCUGCACUUUGUUUCAAUAUUGAUCCUGUGGCUUGGAAGACCCUGAGUAACUCUGCUGCUGGUUUUGGCUACCAGGUGGUGCAAAGACAAUCAGAUCUGCUCAUCAGUGCUCCACUGGAGCAGUAUUCACAAAAUGGAAGGGGAGAAAUAUUUAGGUGCAGCACCUCUGCCCAAAACUGCCAAAAUAUACAAUUGCAAGCACCAGGUUUUGCAGUCAACAUGUCUCUUGGUUUGGCAAUGAAAAGUGAUCCCACAGCACAAAACACUGUGGUGUGUGGUCCCACCAUUCCAAAGGACUGCAAAAGUAUCACCAUGUACAAUGGUGUGUGCUUUGAGAUAGACCCUUCUAAUAGAUUUGGACCACCUGUACCUUCUUCUCUUGAAGUGUGCUCGUCACAAGUAGACAUUGCCUUUCUGUUGGAUGGUUCAGGAAGUGUUUCUAGAGGAGACUUUCAAACAAUGAAGAAGUUUGUGAAAGAUCUAAUCCAGUCAUUUCUCUCAAUUGAUGCACAGUUUUCUGUUUCCCAGUUCUCACGUUCACCGCAGGUUCAUUUUUAUUUUAAGACAUUUUCCUCAUCUGGAUCAGUUGCGACUGACAUUGAUGGAAUAUCUCAGCAAAGGGGAGCCACUUAUACUGCUAAGGCCAUCAAACAUCUUGUGGAAAAUGUUUUCACAUCACACGGAAGGUCCAGACCAGAUGUGAAGAAGGUCUUGAUAGUAAUUACUGAUGGAGAAUCUAAUGACAGGAGUGAUCUGGGAGGUUCAGUGCAGCUUGCAAAGAAUAAAAACAUUGUUCGAUUUGCUAUUGGGGUGGGGAACGCAUUUACUCAGUACGCAGCAAAACGAGAACUGGACACCAUUGCAUCGUCUCCCUCAGACAAACAUGUGUUUCAAGUGAAGAACUUUAAUGCACUUGAAAUAAUAAGACAGAAUCUGCAGGACAAAAUCUUUUCAGUUGAAGGAUCUCAAACCAGUGGACAGUCACUGAAAAUGGAAAUGUCUCAAGAAGGAUUCAGUGCAGUUUAUGUGCCUGAGGGAAUUCAGAUGUCUAUUGUUGGUGCAAACCAGUGGAAGGGAGGCUACGUGCAAUACACAACAGGAGGCCAGAAGGUGAAAACAUACGAGGACGUGUAUUUGGAGCCUGACAGUUAUCUUGGUUACUCCAUGGCAAUUGCUAAAACCCAACAUGGCUCUCUGACAGUUGUUGGUGCUCCAAGAUAUAAACACAGAGGAGUUGUGGUCGCUGUUAACAGAGAAAGCUUUGAAAACCAAAAGAUUGAGCCCUUGUUACCACAGUAUCAGACUGGUGAAUAUUUCGGGGCAGAGGUGUGUACCAUGGACAUAAAUAAUGAUGACAUUACUGAUCUAAUCUUCAUAUCAGCGCCAAUGUACAUGGAGCCUGAUAGAGAGGGAAGAGUUUAUGUUUGCAGAUUAACUGGUUUGUUUGUGGAGUGUAAUUUUGAUGAUCCUUUAGUACUAAGAGGACAUGCAGCUGUCAAAGGAAGGUUCGGCUCUUCUCUUGCUGUACUGCCUGAUCUAAACUCAGAUGGAUUCAGGGAUUUGGCAGUUGGAGCACCUUUGGAGAAUAAUGGUGAAGGUAGCAUCUACAUAUUCCAUGGUGAAGGAGGAGGAAGAAUCAUUCCUACUUACUCACAGAGAGUUACUGGCUCUGAGGCCCAGUCAGGACUGAAGUUCUUUGGUUUAUCAAUCAGUCAGUCGUCUUUUGACCAGAGUGGUGAUAAACUUCCUGACCUAGCUGUGGGUUCAAAGGGUACAGUUGUUUUACUGAGAACAAGACCUAUAGUAAUGGUGAAAGCUGAGGUGUCAUUCAGUCCAAUCCAGAUCCCUACACAGAUUGUAGACUGCUCAAAACCACUGAAGAACACAGCUGAAAUCUGCUUUACUAUGAGUACAAUAUCUACAGUCAACACAGACUUUGAUGCUCAAGCAAGGAUUAAUUAUACUUUAACACCGGAUGCCACUCGUAAACCUCCAAACAACCGAGCUUACGGCAAUGGGAAACAACGAGAGGAGUCCAGCUCACUUACUGUUAAAUUAAAUGGCAAACAGUGCUCAACUGUUACAUUCCUCAUUGAGGCCUGUCCAGAAGAUGCACUCAAUGCACUUUCCAAUGAGCUGAAAUUUACAUUUGAUGGUUUACCCUCAAACACACAACUCAGACCAAGUCUCGCGCCACAGGCUCAAAAGACAACCACUUAUCCUUUAGAGUUUGAGAUCAACUGUGGCUCUGACAACAAAUGUGUUGACCACCUGAAAGUGGAUUUCAACUUUACCAGAUCCUCAGAGGUUAAAGUGGGCAUUGAUGAGCUUUUGAAUAUCACAGUCACAGUGGAGAACAGAGGAGAAAACUCCUACAACAGUCGUGUUAUUCUCACCUACCCAGCUGGACUCUCCUACAGGAAGUUUACGAUUCAGCAGGGAAGAAUUGAGUGCAACUCCUUGGACAGUGAAGAUGGUUUAUCACAAGGAAGGACAGACUGCACUAUUGACAAGCCAAUUUUCAAGAGCAAAACUAAGGCUUUCUUCACUGUCUCCUAUGGGAUUGAGACGAACAGUCAACUUGAGAGGGAGAUCUUUGUAACUGCAAAUGCCACCAGUGGAAAUCAGGAUCAUGCCCCUACAAGUGACCUCUACAAAAAGAAAUCAAUUGAUGUGAAAUACAGCAUUUUUAUGACAUUAGAAAGCUCCCACAGUUACAACAAUUUCACAUUUGGGAUGAAUGAUUUGCAGAAACCAGUCCAACAAUCAGUCAAGGUUAGAAAUGAUAUCAGAGCCCUUAAUUUCACUGUGGUGAUCAGGGUUCCAGUGAAGCUUGGUGAAAAAGACAUUUGGGUGAAUUUGAGCAGCCUACAGAUUUCAGACUGUCAGAGAGGAGAGGAUGAAGAACCAGGUGUCAGAAAUUUUGUUGAAAACAUACAAAAAAAUAAAGCUGUGGACUGCUCUGUAGCCAUGUGCAGGGUGUUCAAGUGCAACGCAUUUAUGGGAAGACUGCAGAGUAGGACAUAUGAAAUUUCUGCCAACCUCAGUUCAGGAUGGAUAGAGCAGAUUGGACUUCAGUCUGCCACAUUCCUUUUGAUCAACACUGCCAGUCUGGAGUAUGACAAAAACCAGUACAUCUACUUUUCAACAGGGUCUGAUAACAAUUCUCCUGUACGCAAGAUUGAGGCAGAAGUAGAAGUGUAUCCUCAGCCAGAUUUCACCAAAGCGAUCGUUGGAGGAUCCCUGGGAGGGCUGGCUCUUCUGGCUUUAAUCACUGCUGGCCUGUAUAAGGGUGGAUUUUUCAAGAGCAAAUACAAACAGAUGAUAAGUGAAAAUCCACAAGAGGUACCAGUUCCAGAGAUGGAUGCAGGAGCACCCCUAACAGAAUAG